CCGGAAGUUCGAUUAACCAACGGCGGCCUACAGCGGGCAGGAGUGCCUGAGAUCCUGACAUGGAGCGGAGGAAGGUCGGAACCGUGCGGGGAGCCCAACGGGAGGAGAAAGCUAUCCCCCGGACGGCCACCCCGUUCAUGGACUUCCCGUUUUUGCCCGGACACCCCCAGCUGGCGGAGAGAGUUCGGAAGCGUCUGUACUAUGGCUGGGAUGCCGAGUGCUCCAUGGAGAACCUGUCCAGCCCUGUGGCCGACAUCGCCGUGGAGUUACUACAGAAAGCUGCUCCCAGCCCCAUCCGUCGCCUGCAGAAGAAGUACGCCGUUCACGUAUCCAGGGAGGCUUGUAUCUCUCCGUGCUCCAUGAUGCUGGCCUUGGUUUACAUCGAGAGACUUCGGCACAGGAACCCGGAGUACUUGCAGCAAAUUUCAUCAUCCGAUCUGUUUCUCAUAUCCAUGGUGAGUAGCGAGGUCCGGUCAUGUGAUCUUUGUCCUCCGGUGUUUUUCUCUCUGCAGUCUCACUGGGGAUUGCACAGCAAACCUGCUUUUCCUGUCGGCCAGCCGCAGCUGGAAGUGGCCUUGCGGGUGGCACAUGCAGGCAUUCGGAUGAUGCACGGGACGGCGCGUGUGACGGCGGCUGCAAAGAAACAAACAAUAUUCAUCUGGAGCCGAGCUGAUUGCCAUCCGCUGACUUGGCGUUUCUUUGUUGGUUUUGCCUCAGCCCAGUAUGCUGACUGGGGACUGUACACGCAUCCGGGGGAAUUCUUUGAAGUGCUCCGAUGGCUGGAGGGCAGUGUUGCAGAGCAGCAAGGUAUGAAGCGGGGCUGGUUCACUUACACAGACCUGUCGGUGCUCCUGGAACAGGAACUGUGGCAGAAAGUUUUCAAUGAUGUCUGCCAGCAAGUCACCAAGGUGGCUUGUAUCCUUGGCCUGGUCUACUUAACCGGAGUUGCCACUUUAUUUGCUUCAGUUGCCGUCCUGCACAAGGCCACCUGGGAGAUUAACGGGACAAGGCUUCUUCCUAUCACAGGACCCAUCCCGGACGUGUCGGUGCCUCUGUUUUUUCCAGCUCCACUUGAAGAAAUCCCUGCUACUCCUACCACCGUUCUUCCAUGCUCCCUGGAGGAGGAGUGCACCGAGAGAAAGUCAAGCGUCACAGCCACUGCACUGUAUCUCUGGGGCUCGGUGCUGACCGCGCUUACCUACAAGGACCCGGGCGGCACCGAAGGGGAAGAGUUACCACCCCCCGGCCAGCACUGCCCCUACUGCUCUAAACCAAAACCACCCAGCAGUCAAGAAAACACCACACGCUGCACCUCCAACCAGCCACUCGUUCAUGCCUUUCCCGGACUGGAUCUCUACAGCUUUCCCGACCUGCUAGUCUGUUCCAACUGCCCAAAUUCUUGCACUAUAAAACAUCCUGAACGACGCCACUCGCCUGACCACGAAUCUGAGACUCGUCUGUCCGAUACCUUGGAGAUCAAAACGUCUAUUUGUACAGACGCAAGUCUUGGAAGACUGAAAACUUUCAUCGUUCCGGGCUAGCCUACGUGAGAGGUCUGGCCCCCCUCUUGAUGACGCUUGCAGUAGUCAAGAUGUACGUUCAUUGUACAAUGCCGCAAAGCCAAUUAUAAUAGAUUGUAUGUAUUUUACACUCGUUAUUUCACCAAUUUCUUUCUUCACACACUUGGCUCUUCUUGUAUCGUGUAGCUGAGAGAGGAACA